AUGGAAUGCGAAGAAGAGAUUAACCCCUUCCAUCUAAAAACAUUAACUCGUCUUCGACUUUACUGCGAGAAGCAAAAUACAGAGCAGAAGGACACUGAGAUAGAAGCCUUAGAUGAUGAGAUGGAGGAGAUUGCCACCAACGUAAAGAUCAAUAGUGGUAGGAGUUAUAACAACUACACCAAUGAUCAGAAACUGCUUUUUGUCUACUACAAUAGGGUUAAGUUGUUCAAUGCUGCCAAAUCUGGUAGAUUAGCAGGCGGUGUUGCUGAAAGAACUGCACAGAAAUGGGCUAGGAGACUGAAAGAGGAUAAAAAUUGGAAUAUCUUCGAAAAACAAACCAAUAAAAUCAAUAAAUCAGCAGGCCAGCUUAACGAGAAGCAUAAGACUCACCUUUUGAAUUUUUAUGACAGUAAUCCUCAAGCCAGGGUUGUGGAUGCAGUUUGUUCACUUACUGAAAAAUUUGAAUCAUUCACACUGAAAGAAUCAAGUGUGAGAAGUUUCCUCAAAACAAAAUGCAACCUUUCAUUCAAAAAAACCACUCGUCAUUCAGCUCCCAGAAACGAUCCAACCAAAACUGCAAACCGCAUAGCGUGGGUUGAGAAGUGGAGCAAAACAGAUAUGGAUUACCUUGAAAAUUGUGUUUUUGUUGAUAAAUCAGCUUUCGAUAUCAAUAUGAGACCUCCAGGAGGAUUGUCUAUUAAGGGCACACCAGCUAUUGUAAUCACUCCUACCAUCAGAGCAGUAUCACACACAGUCUUGGGUGCAAUCUCGGCGAAGUAUGUCGUGCCAAUGGAGCUUCGAAAUCCUCAGGAACACACAUUCAAAAGGCUAAAAAUCGAUUCUGGUAAUCGCUAA